CAGAGCAGCGCACAGAAACACCGUUUACCUUCCCGCCGGAGCGGUACCUAUUUAUCUACUUGCACUUUGACGUGCUUUCGAACUGCUAGGUUGGCAGGAGCAGGGACUGUACAACGGGAGCUCACCCCAUCGCAGGGAUUCGAACCGCUGACCUUCUGAUCGGCAAGUCCUAGGCUCUGUGGUUUAACCCACAGCGCCACCCGCAUCCUCGUACGCUCAUAGUGAUCUUUUAAUAACUAGUAACAAUGUGAAAGAUCCAUGCUGCUCAUUGUCCAUAAGACUGAGCCUUGUGUUUGGUAACUUUGAUCUUCUUCUUUCUAAGGUGCUGGUACAACACAAUGAAGAAGAAUCACACACAAGUGACAGAAUUUAUCCUGCUUGGGUUCUCUGUGCCUCCAGAGCUACAGAUUGCAUUUUUCAUCCUGUUCCUGCUCCUGUACAUCCUAACCCUGAUAGGAAAUCUGCUGAUAAUGUCCGUUGUUUAUUCUGAUCGGAGCCUCCAUGUUCCCAUGUACAUCUUCCUCUUUGCUUUGUCUUGCUCUGAAACCUGUUACAGUUUAGUCAUUAUCCCCAAAAUGCUGGUUGAUUUGCUAGCAAAAGUCAGAACAAUCUCUUUUGCAGGGUGUGGUGCACAAAUGUUUCUUUUCCUUGGACUGGGUGCAACAAACUGUCUCAUUCUUACAUGUAUGGGCUAUGAUCGGUACCUAGCAAUAUGCCACCCCUUGCGCUAUCCUGUCCUUAUGAAUAUGCGGGUAAUUCUUUGGUUCAUAGUCAUUUCCUGGAUUGCGGGAUUCCUCAUAUCUCUAAGUGAGGCUGCUCAGAUCCUUAGGUUGCCCUUUUGUGGCCCCAAUGCCAUCCGGCACUUCUUUUGUCACAUGAGGGCAGUGGUUAGGUUAGCCUGCACUGCCGACAAUACAACUGAAGUGUCUAUCUCUACUAUUGGCAUGCUGGGUUUGGCUGGCAGCCUUCUGUUCAUCAUGUUGACCUACAUCUUAAUUCUCUCCACCAUCCUGCGCAUCCCCUCCACGGAGGGCCGCCAGAAAGCUUUCUCCACCUGUGCCGCCCACCUCAUUGUGGUAAGUGUGCACUAUACAUUUGCCUCCAUCAUUUAUUUCAAAUCGAGCUCAGCUGACACAUUAGAGGAUGACACGCUGAUUUCCAUACCCUACACCAUAAUUACUCCAUUUCUCAGUCCCAUUAUCUUUACUUUGAGAAACAAAGAGAUCAAGGUUGCGGUAAGGAAGGUAAUCACUAAAAAGGUACUUUCCCAAAAGAUAUGAAUACAAUAAAUGCAAACAAAUUCCAUUUAAACCAAAUUGCAUUUGUGGUUGUUUCAGUGUAUCGCUAGGUUGUGUAGCAAAUGUCUUCAUGUUAGAGGAUAGCCC